AUGGCUAACACUUCGGACGUAUUGCUCUCCAAACUGGAGUCCAUCUCUUGGAUAUAUUCAAUCAACUGUCAAAUCCAUGGCAGAGAUAAUACGCUUCUUAUUAAAUACAUAAUUGAAGAGGACUUCUAUGCAGUGAUGGUAUCAGAUCUGACGCAGACCUACUUCGAGUGUCUCGAAGGCAAAGACAUCGAUGAGCACUACCGGCGCUUCAAUAGAGGCGAAGUGAAGCGCGAGAGACUCAUGGCUCAGCUGAAGGCACUGUUGGCCGACGUGACCAAAGCCAACGAAUGGCACUUCGAGACACUUCUGGUCGACUGUCACACCUCGAGACUCACACUCAAAGUCAAGAACCAGAUGUCCAUUUUGAAGUUUGACUGGAGUUUCUAUAUGAUCAGCACAAACCCAGAGACCCUCUCCCGUCACCUGACGCUCCCUUUACUGCGUUUAGUCUCGUCUCUCAAACACGGCGUCGAUGUCCUCAAGAAGGAGAUCAAGUCCAAGGAUAAACUAUUGGAACAAAUGGAGACCAACGCUAAGAUUGACACCAUAUCUGACGAGACACUCAUCAAUAAGAUGCUGACCUUCCAGAAGAAUAUCGUCUCCGGAACUGAUGACAACUCUCUCCUCAUAAGUCUGUUAGUUGAGGACAAAACCAUUAGUUCUGUUCUGAGAAAUGCAGACAUUUGUGACCAGAGUUUAGAUAAUAACGACAAGACAUCUAAAAAUAAUUGUCAAUCAAAUGUCAAACAAAGUGGUGACCAAAAUACUAAUCAGAGUCCAUUGACUAAAAUGAAAGAACCAGUGGUUCCUCCGACACCACCGGAAACGCGAAAGAAGUCUCCGACCCGUCAGAGCAAGAAAUUAAAGCUUUAAUGCCUUGAUUUGCCAUUGAAUUAAGAAAUGUAUUUCUCUCUAAAGAUAUUCAUAACACUAAUUCAUUGAUCACUUUUAAAUCAAUUCAUUUCUCCUCAUAUAUUAUGUAAUAAUCAAUUAUAUUGUUUUGUAAGCAUUUAUAUGACUACCAGUCAAUCAAAUUGAAAAAUUAACUACAAAUUGAGUUAUAGUUAUACCGUAUAAUGAGCACAACUGUACGACUGGAAGUGAAUGCAAACAAAAUUAAUGAAAAGUCAAAAACUGUUGGCACCACUCAAUGCCGAUGACUAGAUUAUAUGGUGUCUAAGAAAUGGUUUUAUUGUGGAAAUCAGUCUUUAAUAAAAUUUAUCCGUCAAUUGUGUGCUAAAUAAUAAACAUUGGAUUAAUGCAUUGAGUGAGACAUUUGCUCUCUCGUCGUACAAUCUCUCGAUUUUUUGCUGAUUAUAUAGUUUGAAAUCAAUUUAUUCUUAUAUACGGAUCACUAUAAUUAAAUUAUUUUAAUUUAAAACAAUACAAAACAAUA